CACGCGCCAAAUGGCGAAAUUGAAAAAGCAGACGAUGUAGAAAUGAACAUGGCCAUGAAAUGAACAUCAGCGAUCUCUUUGAAAUCUUUCUGACAGCCUGACUUUUGUGUACACACUGAAGCUUAGUUUUACAACCUGGUUGAACAAUAUGUAAUGCUGACAUAUUCAUGAAAUUGUUUUGAUCAUACAUCAAAAAUUUAAUAUCAAGGUGAAAUUGAUAUUACAGCAGAAAAGGGGUGUGUCAAGUUAACACGAAAUUAGCAACUAUGUUUUCUUUUGGUAGUAGAAGGCUACCACAGAGGUCCCCAUGUCUGCAAAAUUUCCACAAGAGACGGAGAAGAACCCGAACUUCUGAUAGGUUUAUACAUGUUUAUGCAGCCUCCUCUGCAGAAACACAAAACUAUCAGAAUUAUAUGAGAAGUGACCCACAUAAUCUAGCAGACGUUCCUGAUCCUUAUUUGAUUGAAGAAAUAGAUGGAGUUCAGUUUUAUAGGACAACUGUCCCAGUUGUGUGUGAAUCUGUCAAAAAGAGUCUCAUGUCAUCACACAAAAUGAAGAAGGCUAUCAAAUUCAGAGAGCAGCCCACAACAAUAAUACUUCCAGAAAACAGAAACCAACUAAAACUAAGGGGAAGAAAGGGCAGAAGACUAUUUGACAAAAGAGAACCAAACUCAUUCAUUUGUAGAGAAAUAUCUUCAGGAGAGGAAAAUGAAGAGAGAAAAAGAAAAAUUUUAGACAAAUUAGAAAAUGAUAAGGAAAACCCAUUGACAAGAACAGAAGAAGAAAGAAUUCAUGAGAGAGCUGAGUUUUUUUCGAUGUCUAUAAAACCUGAUUUGAAAUACCUGAGUUUACCUGAGGAUUUUAGUCACAGAGAUGAUCCAGCUUAUGCUGCCAGUAUGUGUGGACAACAGUUAGAAUAUCCAUUACCAAAGAAGAGGAAGAGUCGUAACUUGUACACAGAUAGCUGCUAUGUGUCCUAUCACUCAGAUGAUGAUCCAUAUGAUAAUAGCCAAGGACUACCUUGUGGAACAAGACUUUACAGACCACCAGACAAACUAGUAGAGUUAGUUGCUGAUGCCAUAACAGAAAGUCCAGAUGGCAUGCUCCAAGUUCCUCAGAUAUAUACGGUUCUUAUGAAUAAAUAUCCCUAUUUUAGAUACAUGGACAAGUCUGCAGUCACUAGUUGGCGGAGUUCUGUAAGACAUGCACUUUUCCAGAAAUGGUUUAGGAAAGUUAAAUUCACAACUCCAGAAAUAAGCAGUAAAGGAUGUUUUUGGUGCAUUAAUACCCAAGUAGAUUAUGCAGAAAUUUGUGCUGCAAGAACCAAAAAAGAAGAAAAUACAGAAGAUUUAGACAUAGAUCCCAAUCUACCAGACAAUGUUAUAGCAUUACUGAAGGAAGAGGAGAAAGAAUUACAGAAGGUUGUUGUCAAAGUAGAGGAUGCAGGUUUGGUGAGUUGUUCUACUGUCAAAGUCCCUGCACAUCUAAUCAAUCAAGAAGCGGAUCAUGAUCCAAUACUAACAACAUGUUUCACAACACCAAAGGCUGGUUAUUACUAUGGUAUACAUAGUGGAUCUGUUUUUCCUGCCUCCACAAGAAAAAAGGCAAUAUUGCCAGUCUCAUACAUGAACAGAUGCCUUACACCAUCAUUGAUAGGCAAUAGAAGCUUGUCUCCAUUAAGUGACAGCUCAAAUAGUUGUUCUUCUCUAGUCAGUCCACUACUGAAUAGUGUUAAAGCUGAUACACUAGGGGUUGACUCUCAGACAAGUCUUGGAAAUUCUUCCAUUAACUGGGCUCCAAAGCUACCAUUUGAUCAGUUUCUUGAUGGACCAAUCACACCAUCACAAGAGUUUUUGCCAGAAAAAAGUGAAGAUAUACUAUCAAACUGCCAUUAUCUAGAAAACGAUGACAUUGUUAGAAGCACCUGUUCAGAUCUGAGCAGUGGGAAAAGUUCAGUGUAUGGGGACUGGGAACCAGGGUAUGAGUUAAAGGAAAAUGAUUUGUUACAAUGUUUGAAUGAAAAUGUGAAUACCUCUAUGAACUUUAAGUCUGAGGACAAUACAGAAAUAGGCUACAUUAUACCUGAUGGUGUGAAAUGGGGGUUUAUUGGAAUGGAUGAGAUGCCCACAGCAAUAUUUGACAAGGAUGUCAUGGCUUCAUCUCCAGAGUAUCAAUCACUUAGUCCUGAAUCUAAUCCGGAAAUAUAGAAUUAUUAUCAUAAGAACAUUAUUCCACUGUUUUUGGAAGAAAAACAAGAAUUAUAUUUGAAAUUUGAUCACAUUAGAGAGACAUUCUGUUGUAAGAAUGAAAGGUUUUUUUAUAGGAUGAUAAAAUCAGAGCACUAAAUUUAGCAGAUUAUUAAUUAUUGUUAUAUACUUUGGACUUAUUAAUAUAAGUUGGGUACCAAUUUGUUUUAAUCUCUUGUGAAAUUAGACAAACACUAUGAACUAAAUAUUGAGCAGAAAGUCAUAUCUCCUAAGGCUUGUAUACAAACUUUGGGGUAAAACCAUAGAAUCUAGUAUCCAUGAAAAAUGGUACCCACGAAAUUAAAUGAAUCAACAGUAGAAAUCAGUUUCUUUUGAGAACCAUCUUUUUUAACACAUCUUUUGGUGUAAGUUGUAAAUGGUGUGAAAUUCUUGGAACAAAAACAAGUAUCAAGUCAAAUUUCAUGUUUUAACAUUAGAUAACAGAUAUUGUAAAAAUAUACAUUUCAUAUAGUCAUUCAUUACAAUGAAAGUAUGCAAGGUGUUAAUUUCAAAUCAGGAAUAAUAAUUUAUUCUACACAAAUCAUAAUUCUGAAGUCAAAAUAUGUCGGUGCAAUUUGAAAAAAUAGUAUAAGUAUAAAUAUUUGUAUAGUGCAUGCUUUAGAUCUUAGUACAGUUCAAUGUUAUUUUAGCAUUUUAUUUCUAUCAAAGAAAAUUGCAUGGAAAUUAGUUUUUUUGUUCUUUUCUGCUAUUUUCUAUGUCUUUUUCAAUCAAUUGUACAAAAGUAGACACUAUUAUUUAAUUCAUAAAAUUUUAUUUUGACUCUCAAGACUUGUGGAACAUGCAUGAACUGUUAAUAUAGAGUUAUGUCCCUUUCCAGUUAUAAGUAUUAUAGUUUAUUUAAACUGAAUGUGAAAAAAUAUUAUGAUCAAGAUUUCAUUAAAGAAUUUCAAUUCAUUAAGGUUUAUUAAUUUGAUAUGGUAAAUAAAUCUCA